CACUCACUCCUUUUAUUCUUUUCACAAAUUCAGAGUUGAAAACAAAAAUCAAAGUUUUGAGCCUAACGACAUCACUAGUCAUUUUUCUUCAAGAACCGUUCCUUUUCCUUAUUGUCUCUCAAAUACCCAUUUCCCAAAUCCCUUCCUUUUUGAGAUUCAACCGUCAUCUCAUCUUCGUCUAUCAAAUAAUUACCACAAGCUUUUCAUUUUUCCUUUUUUUUUUCACUAUGAAAGUUUUUUCUUUGAGAGAAUUAGAUAGAUGGUUGCUCGGUAUAGCUUCGUGAUAAGCAAGGUUUAAAACGACAAUGAUUUUUGUGAUUUUGAAGCAUCGGGAUUCGAAGAGCAAAAAAGUUACAAAAAUGCCAUGGCAGCAAGUAAAAAAUGGAAACUAGCAUCUUUCCACCAAGUGGAUAUUGAUACUGAUGAAAUAAGUCAUUUGGAUGUAGAUACUUUAAUCGGCCAUGGUGGUAACAUAAAGGUUUAUCGAGAUGGUAGUGGCUGUGAAGCAACUAGAGAAAGGUGAUGGUAUGAGGGUUUUAGCUGCAGAAAUGGAGAUUUUAGGUGGUGGUCUAUGCUUGUUUUUUUAAAGGAGGAACCAACCUUUUAGUUUUUGAGUAUAUGCGAAAUGGUAAUCCUUUUGAAGCUCUUCAUAGAAAUAGAAAGUAUGAGAAGGUUGCAUGGGAUUGGAAUCACAGGUAUAAAAGUGCAUUGGGAGGUGCAAAAGGGAUUUGUUAUUUGCACCAUGAUUGUUCUCCACCUGUUUGUUAUUCGUAGGGAUCUAAAAUCUAGCAACAUCUUGCUUGAUGAAGAUUAUGAGAAAAUUGCUGAAUUUGGUGUUGUAAGGUUUGCUUAAAAAUAGCUUUUUUGCUGGCACCCAUGAUUAUAUUGCUCCAGAAGCGUAAGGAUUCCAAGAGAAAAAAGUUUAAAAAAUGGAAACUAACAUCUUUUCACCAACUCAAUAUUGGUGUUGAGGAAAUAAGUCAUUUGGAUGAAGAUAAUUUAUUCCGCCAUGGUGGUAACAGAAAGAUUUAUCAAGUCGCGUUGAAGAAAAACGACAUGAUAGUGGCUGUGAAGCAACUAGACCAAGGUGAUGGUUAUAUUGCUCCAGUUCUAGUGAACCCUAUCAAAGUAGGAACGGGUUGGUUAUGUUGGUGACACAGAGCAUGCACUGCUGCUAAAUAAAAACAUUUGGAGAGAAAAUCUUUCACAUGUUAAAUGCAAUAUCAAAGUAGGAAUGAGUUGGUUAUGUUGGUGGGAGCCAAAACUCUGCGGUUGCAACCAGUUAUAUGACAGUUGAUAUCAGAGAAGCAUUAGGCAUGUUAGCAGCAUCGAAGUGGGUGCGAGAGCUGAUCUUUAAGCAAGUUGUUUUGUGGACACUUUCAGCUCAGCUGUUCCUGGUAGCGAGUUGUUUUGUGGACACUUUUAGCUCAGCUGUGCCUGGAUUAUAACGUGUUUUCAAUACAAUCAAAUUAAAACACUAGUUUUUUUGAAGGGAGGUUGAAUUGGAUGUUGAGUUUUUUUUAAGAGCACAAAGAAUUGAAGGGAGGUUGAAUUGGAUGUUGAGUUUUACAGUAGUAAAUUCUGAAGUAAUGUAAAAUGUCAACAGAAAACAAGAUUAUAAUUUGAACUAAAUUUGGUGGGGUGUGCCAGGCUAUUACUAUGGUGCAACGCAAAAGCGACACUUGAGAGACCCAAUAGCAAGCUAUUGAAGUGGACUCUCCCCUCAAGAAAUAAAUUUAAUAUCGUGUAGACCAUUGGCCCACAUAUCAGAUAUUAAACUGAUAAAAACAGAUACUACACUUGAUCUUAGCCAAAAGGCCGAGAAAGGUAGAGUUGGUGGGAGGGUACUAUGAUGCAGGUGAUCAUGUUAAGUUUGGGUUGCCAAUGACUUACAGCGUGACAAUGCUUGCAUGGGGAGCUAUUGAGUUUAGCAAGGAAAUGACAGACUUAAACCAAAUCGGACAUACACUGCGGGCCAUUAAAUGGGGAACUGAUUAUUUCGUCAAAGCGCAUACUCAGCCUAAUGUUCUUUGGGGACAGGUGGGUGAUGGAGUUUCUGAUCACUACGGCUGGGAACGUGCUGAAGACAUGACGACUUCGAGAACUGCUUACAAAAUUGAUGAACAGCAUCCUGGUUCUGAUCUUGCAGGUGAAACUGCAGCUGCAUUGGCGGCUGCAGCCAUAGCUUUCAGGACAUACAACUCUUCUUACUCUAAUCUCUUGUUAGUCCAUGCAAAACAGCUCUUCACGUUCGCAGAUAGAUACAGAGGGCUAUAUGAUGAGUUCAUAUCCUGUGCUCACCAAUUCUAUGCUUCUUAUGGCUAUUCAGUGAAAGAAUUCUCCUGGGACAACAAAUAUGCCGGUGUCCAGACCCUCCUAUCAAAGAAGGUAAAGCUGGUCCAUAUGCAUCUAUACUAAAGCAAUAUCAGGCCAAAGCAGAUUAUUUUUCCUGCGCCUGUUUGCAAAAGAAUGACGGUUAGAAUGUCCAGAAAACUCCAGGUGGCUUAUUGUACUUGCAUGAUUGGAACAACAUGCAGUAUGCUUCCUCUGCCGCGUUUCUUUGCCGAAUUGAGUUUCUCAUGUCUAUCCUUCGAACCGCUUAAAAAAUUAUGAAUGCUUUAUCUUAAAUUUCUAUGACUGAUAAUCCUUAAUUUCACUUACAGUUUGAUGUGCCUAUCAAGUUUGACACUAUCCUUCAAAAAAUACAUCUGGUGAGCCUAGUCCCUUGAACCAUCUCUUUUUGGCGGUGGGGUUCAUAAUUAAAUUGAGUUUUUCAUGUCUAUCCUUCGAACCGCUUAAAAAAUUAUUAAUGCUUUACCUUAAAUUUCUAUGAAUUAUAAUCCUUAAUUUCACUUCCAGUUUGAUGUGCAUCAUUCCUAUCAAGUUUGACACUAUCCUUCAAAAACUAAAAGCAAACAGUAUUAAACCUCUCAAAAUUUUCAGACUUAGUGGAAUUUUUAGUGGAUUUUUCAUAUGUUUAACAAAUGGUCAUAAAUUUGCAGCGAAACUAAACUUAAUUAUAUCUCAUCUAAUGAGAUUCUACAUAAUUAUAAAAUAAAUAGAGUGAGCCUAACUCAUUCAAAAGAGUUUCGAACAGUGUAAUAAAUAAAAGAGAUUCUACAACUUGACAAAGUACCUUAUGGAGCAUUAUAGGACCUCCACACCCCCUUUAUUCAGCCACUGUAAGUCAUUGCCUCCCUCACGAGAAGCUUUGAACUAAAUUUAGUGGGAUGUGCUAGGGUUUGAAGUAGUGCAAUCCAAAAGAUCUUAGUCAAAAUGCCGAGAAAGGUAUGAGUUGAAAUACAUCAUCAUUUGCCAAUAUAAUACAUGAAGGAUAUGCAAUGUAUUUCCCAACUUGUGUAUGAUUGUCGGGCCAUGAAGAACACAGUGAGAGGGUUUCGUAGGCCUUUGAUAGAACUAAGCAAAUCAUCAUUUGCUAAGGUGAUUGUCAAAAUAUAAAUUGUGAAUGUCCUUGCUAUUGUGAUUUUGCUGUGGCCCAUAAUAUUAUGGUAAAAUACAAGCUAAUAUAGUUUAUACAACCAUAAUGUUAUUGACUGCAAAAACUACAUUGUUUAUUAAUUUGAUGGCUUACAAUGUUUCAUGUUCUACUAUCGUGCUUGACAAAUAUUUUAAUGUGGAAAGAUGUUUCUUUAAGCGCUACCUGCCAAUUCUUCUCCUUUUUUUUUUUGUUUUUGUUGAAUUACUAGUUCAGUUCAAGUGAAAACCAUUUUUUUAUAUAACAAUGAGAGCUGCUUGGUAUGGUAGAACAAUCAAUAUUACUGCAACUUUAAUUAACCAGAGUGUGAAUUAAUAUUACUGCAGCUUUAAUUAACCAGAGUGUGAAUUAUUUAGCAGGUUUGUAUCCUUUAGUGUUGAGGGAAUGUUAGAGUAAGAAAUUGAUAGAGGUAUCACUUGCUCUUUUUAUUCUUGUAAAGAUGAGACGUAUAAUUUGCAUUGCUUUGUUUGAGACAAAAAAAAGAUUUAAUUUCGAAGCAUCCUGAAAAGUUCUCAAUUGUAUCUGCUGAUUUUGUAAGAACAAAAAUUGUUCUACAACAGAUUCCUUGAUUUUGAUGAUAACAAAGGAUGAAACCAAAAAUGGCACCCUAACGAAAAGUU